ACGCUUCUGAGAAAUCGAUCUGCAACGAUCGAUUCAAUGAUUCACGGAACGGUGAUAAACAUUUAUUUCCAAAACACAAAACUCCCUCCCAAAGCGCUUGUGAAUUUUUAAAAGCUACUGGAGAAAAUGGAGAGAGAAUCAAUGAAGGGCUACUUGUUCAACUGUGACGGAACAUGUAAACUAGAACAAGUAGAAGCACUUCUGUUUGAAAUGGAAGAGAAGCACAACAUGAAGGUCGAUGUUGAAAAGUUAUAUUUUGGAUUGAAAAGCAUGUCUGAAAUUUGCGACACAAAGAUUCCUCUGUUAGAGAUGGAUUUUGCCGUUUUCGUGGUCCAUGCAGACGAAUCUCGGCUCUCGAUCAACGAAGAAAACGCUGGAAUUGGUUACGCCAAACUCUAUAAAGCAUUAUUGAAAGCCACGGGAGACAAAGUGUUGAUAGUCAUCGCUGGAGACACGUAUUACAAAGAUGAAACCGAAGAGGAACAGUCUGUUAUCUCACGUUGGGUACGAAGAAAAGUGUCCUCGCAGUUUGAUGACGAGUACCUUGAUGGAAGGAAAAGUUUUAUUAUGUCAUGGAAUCUAAAGCACCGAGCGAUCCACGAGGAGGCUCUUCUACACUUCUUUGAUUCAAACAAGAAAGGACAGCAGUUUCAAUAUCAACCAAAACCAAAGCUUACUCCAGAACCCCAGGUCACGCCGCCAGUAGCCGCCACCCUAGGAAAGGAUGAUAAGGUUCUAAAAGAUGGCGCCUCUGAUGUGCUUGUGGAUAAUGACGAGCUGAGUCUUGAAAAUGAAAACUCAAACACGAAUGAGGGGUCAAAAGAAUAUGGAGACACUGACACAACACCUGCUCCAGUGAACUACCUGAAAGGAAUAGUGUUGCUUAAGACGCGCCUGAGAUAUGGAAAAAUCUCUUUUAAAGAGAACGAUGUUGUGGAACGGCAGCAAGGGUGGCAGCCAUCUGACAUGAUCAUGCAGGACCUGGAAGAAAAAUGGAACCUGGUCCCUGAUGCUCUAGUGCAGUUCACUGCUGAUGGCGAUGGUGGGGUCAGCUGCGUCUUUCAAAUGAAUUGUUGGCAAAGCUUUAAGUAUUAUACGUGGAGUAUCUCUUAUUGCAUGAAAACAUGCAUAUGCGCAGUGGGGAUGUUUGUAUACAGGCUCCUCAGGUCUUGCUACCGUUCGAUCAGAGCUAAAUUUUAGAGAGAAGUAUUUUCAUGUAUGCAAUAAAUGCAGUUGAACAAAACCAGCUUAGUGUUUGAAACAGUUGAUGACCAGGUCUUGCAAAAUGAAAACAUUGUGAAAAUGAACUCGCAGUCCAACAUGCAAGCAGGCAUUUAUAUUGCCAGAUACAUGUAGUAAGUUUACUCAAUAUGAUGUUCUGAAUUGUCAAACUUGCUUACCCUUCAGAACUGGUAGCAUUGAUGACACUGAAAUAUUCUCAGGCGCAAUAGUAGAGAGGUAAAUAAAGCAUCGUAACGUGGCAAACAUUCCAUUUCAAUACCAUGGAAGACUUUGAAGAGUUUGCAAACCCACUAAAGGUCAACUUACUGGACAGAUAAGUAAUAACAAUUGUAAUUGUAACAAAUGGUAAUUCAAAUUUUGAACUUCUGGAUCGAAUACGCGAAUAUGUCUUGUCAUAAGAAUAGUUUAUCGCAACUACCAUUCUUCAAUUUACCAGACCAUGAAUUUUGUAAUUUAAUUGUCUCCUGCAGCCCCAGCCUGUCUGAAAAACUCGCUGAAAACAUUGAUCUUCUGAAUGUGCUCCCUAAUCCUGACAAACACGAUGAAAGGGACUCUGACCUUAUGCUUAAUUCUCCAUGCUCAGAAUAUUGUGAAACUUCUAAAUUAGAUAAGUUACUCAAUUCAUCUUACAGCUUUAGGAAUAGUCUUAGUAUAUUCCACUGUAAUAUUAGAAGCCUAUCAAAAAAUCUGCCUAUCUUAGAAGAUUGGCUAUACUCUUUAGAAAAAAAACCUGACAUAAUGGCCAUUUCAGAAACAAAGCUCAACAGCAGAUCUGUAAUCAACAUUGAUAUACCCCAGUACCAUUUUUUUCAUACUGACUCUGAAACAGCUGCCAGGGGUGCUGCUCUUUACAUUACUAACAAUCUAAAAACCAUACACAGGGCAGAUAUAAAGUUUACCAUGCCUCUAGUUGAGUCCUGCUGGAUAGAAAUUAUUACCAAUAACAAACCAAAUAUCAUUAUAGGAUGCAUAUAUAGACAUCCUUCAGCUAAUGUACCAGAUUUUACACAUGAACUAAAAAAUAUAAUUGAAAGCUUAAGUAAUAGGAAAUAACAUGUCUAUAUAACAGGAGAUGUAAACAUAAAUUUCCUUAAGUCCGCUUAUAUGUAGGUCUUUGUUGCUGCUGCUGCUGCUAUUGUUGCUGAUGAUGCGUUGUUCUUUUCCAGUCUCCUUUGUCUCUGUCUCUGCUUUUGUCCAUUGUUGUUGCUGUUGUUUGUUUGUCUGAAUGUGUGUCUGUUAUUGUU